UCUCGGCCACACUCUGCCACCAAACAGCAACGAAGUCGGUUGUCGUCGCGAAAAGUGCGAAUCGAGUGCAUUUAUUUGCUGCAAACAGAACCGAGAACACACGGUGACGUGACGAAAGUGGUGUCGAGUGACGAAGUGUGCGAGCGCGCUGCAUUUGUUUACGAUUUCGAUUCCGACUCCACCACCACUGGCUGUGAGGCGGGGAAGAGGAAGAGCGAGCGGCGCGGCAAGAAACGAAAGAAGAAGAAGCAGCAGCAGGACACACGCAACGUGCAACAUUGUGUGCGUGCGUGCGUGUGUGUGUAAUUGCGUGUUUGUUUGUUUGUUUUUUUGUUUGUUUGUUUGUGUGACGAAAAUACAACAAGUGCAAGCGACAAUAGCAAGCGGCAGCAACAACAACACCAUAGAAGCUCCUUGGCAGAACGGGACAGCAACAACAACAGGAGUGCGAAAGCAAGAGAGUGAGUGCGAGAGAGAGAGAGAGACAGCUGUUAUUGUUGUUGCUUCACGAUGAUUAAUGGGGAAUCUGCCGCUACAACAACAACAAAUCAAGUAUGACGGAGGAAAUAACCGGCGAUUGGAGCUACUACGUGUAUAUAUCGCUGACGUUGGUUCCAGUCUAUUUGGCAUUUCGGCUCAUUAAGUCACUCGGCUGGCAGCUCUUCGUCAACAACUGAGCAAACAUCUG